AUGGGCCCAGAGCGUUUUGAGGAGUCGUUGCUGAAACGCAAGUACGAAGCUGCCGGAUUAGCACUGCAAGCUACGGUGCUUUCAAUGAACGAACAUGUUAUGGAAGUGAAGGCAAGCGUUUGUUCUCCAACCACCAAAGAAGAUGAUGUAGGGUACCUGAUGCGCAUCGUGCCACUCGGCGAGUUCAGUGAUGACCACAAAACGUUUCUGCGCUACAAGCUCAGCACUCAUUACAUAGCGCCGCAGUCAAUGCACGUUGCUAAUGUGAGCACUUUGCAAGAGGUUGUCGAUUUUGAUAGAAGUUGUGUCACUACCGCAUCGAUUCUUCUCUGUAAAACACGGCCACAACUGUUCGACUGCGGUCUGGAUAGGAGCAGACGUCGCAGAUGUGCGUGUGGACGUUUUCAGUUCACACUGGUAGAGUCGCUGCUGAAGACAACAGUAGUUGCUACCCGAAUAAAGUGUAUUCUGUAUAAAUCGGUAGACCGCGACACAUUUGAGUCAAUUAGGCGUGGAAACGAUAACAUCACCUAUCACGUCGAGCAAUUUUUUGCUAGACCUAAAAACUGGGUUACCGGCGACGAAGAAAAGGCUGGGACCAAAGGACGAUAA